AGGAAGCGGCAGUGCAUCGUCCGCGCGUCGGCGGGGAGGCUGCUCUUUCGCUCUUCUCCCGCGGGCGAGAGCGGCUGGGGCCGGGGGGACGCCUGGGUGCCCUGGGAGGAGCGCGAUGGGUGCCGCCUGAUCUCAGCCUCGCCUUGGACCCGGGGCCGGGCCGGCUUUGCAGGGCGCCUCCGAUCGCGCCGGCGGCGAGAUGAAGCCAGAGAAUAUCUUCCUCUUCGUUCCCAACCUCAUCGGUUAUGCUCGUAUAAUCUUCGCUUUCAUUGCGUUUUAUUUUAUGCCAACCUCUCCCUCGAUUGCAUCUUCUUUCUACCUACUUAGUGGCUUCCUCGAUGCCUUUGAUGGCCACGCUGCCCGGGCUCUUAACCAAGGCACCCGCUUUGGGGCCAUGCUGGACAUGCUGACUGACCGCUGUGCUACCAUGUGUCUGCUGGUGAACCUGGCCAUGCUCUAUCCGGAGUCUGCCCUCUUGUUCCAACUGAGCAUGAGUCUCGAUGUGGCCUCCCAUUGGCUGCAUCUGCACAGCACUGUGGUGAAAGGUGGUGAAAGCCAUAAGAGCAUUGACUUAACAGGAAACCGGAUCUUGAGAGUGUAUUACAACUCCCGGCCUGUUCUCUUCAUUAUGUGUGCUGGUAAUGAGCUCUUCUACUGCAUGUUGUACUUGCUGUGUUUUGGUGAAGGACCAGAAAUCCUGUCAGGGUACGUCGGACUCUACCGCCUAAUUCUGUGGGUUUCUACCCCCAUUGCCAUCACCAAGAGUUUCAUCAGCUUAAUUCACUUGGUCUCUGCCUCGUGUAAUAUGGCUGCCUUGGAUGCUGCUGAACGGGCAAAGAGGAAGUAGGAUUUCAAGGUUGUGGGAAGGAACUCCCCUCAGUCUUCCAGAGGGAUCAGCUCCCAACCUUCAUGAUGAAGGGAUCAGGGCUUUGCCUCAGAUUAGUCACUUCAGUUGAGCAUAUCUUCUUUGAUGUGACCACUUCACCUUCCCAUUAUGCUUUUGUGAUAUCUGUGUGGGAUGAUAGGAUAACUCCUGCUCCCCCGGCUCCUCCCUGUUUUACUCCCAUAAUAAUUUGAACUGUUGAGGGGAAAAAAUGGCUGUUGAGGAGGAUCCUGUUCCACGAUUUUGAGGGGCAGCUGAACAGCUUGUCGUUUUGGGAUUGACAGUUUUGUACCUCACACUUUUGGGGUAUCUUUGGGGAGGAUGAAAUAUAGGACAGCACAAAGCUUGUCUUGAUACAAUGAACCAAACUAGGAUAUUGUUACCAUGUAUCCUCAACUAAAAAUCAAGAAGAUUACAUCUAAACACCUUUUGAAAUCUGAACUUGGGUUUUGUUUUCCAAAACUGUAUAGGAGCGGAUCUCAGAGAGAGAGAGAGCACAUUAAUCCCCUGUAUUCUGCAAAUAUAUCUAGUAACACAUGGACCAACCAUUUGGAAGUCAUUUACUUUGGACAAUAUUAAUACAGAAUUUUUAAAAAGCUAUUGGCAGUCUACUUGACACUGGGGGGGGGGCGGUCUUAUGGUCAUAUCUUGUAUUAUUUCCUUGGAAUUAUCUCUGAACGUUCAGUUUAACUUUUGUACUUCUACUUUAGCUUGUGGCCCAGAUUAUCCUGCUCUGCUCUCUUGUAAAUGUUUUAUUCGAAAUACUUGACCAGAGGUGGCAAAUUGGGAUGCGUGCUUCUCUCCUCAGUAUUUUGCUUUCAGAGUGUCUGUAUUUUCUUCCACCAUCCUCUGUAUGCUCCAGAGGAGAAGAUGUGGAAAAGGCAUUUUGGGAUAUUGAUCAUUGUUCAACUUUUUUCCCCCACUACUUUCCCCAUAUUUUCUCAAGCAAUUCAGAUUGACUGUAGCUGAAGGCUGUAGUUUCCUUUUCUUCAAUCAUGUCACUGUGCUGUGAAAUAUUGACAUGAACUAAAUAAUGACAAUCUUCAGCAUCAGUUUUGCCCUUCCUGAAUCCUGUCUGUCUUCACCACGAUUCUGAAAUUUACUGGUGGGCAGAGAUGUAUUUGCCUAUUUAUUUUCUCCAAGAUUUUGAACUUUUAGUACUUUCCUGAGGUAAUUGUUAAUUCAGUCUUAUACACAAUCAUUUAUCUUCUCUUUCCUCACUCAUUUCUGCAUUAGCACAUUAGCAAGCUCUCCUAGUGUGAUUUUCAGCAAGAAUAGCUAAGGUUACGUUAGCAUGGUAGCCACCUUACCCGUUAAAGGUCCCCUUCUCCCUUUCCCAGAAAAGCUGGCUUUUCAUUUGUAUUAGAACCCAAAACUGAAGUCAAGAGAGAUAGAGGAUGGAGAUGGUGGAGACAGAGUUUUUGGCCAUAAUGCAAGAGAGAUAUCCAAUCCCUAGGUAUAACUUAAACCUAGUGGUUGUAUUGAAGGAACCAAAGUUAAAGGUUAUCAUAGACCCUUGUCUUCAUCCAGCAAGCCAAAUUAGAAUGCCAUUACCAUGUAGCUUCUUUUGCUAAACAGCAAGAAGACAUCUGAAAUUGAAAUGGUUAUUUUUGGUCCUUCUCAGGAAUGUUUUCACACUGUCUUCUGCAAGCAGGGGCUGAGUGUGAUUCUUGCAGCUCUCUCCUCAGUUCACAGUGGCAUUGCCGCACUCUUCAAAUCUGACUGUCUGUAUAUUAUAUAUAAAUUUUUAAAGUAUAAAAUGUUUGUCCAAUAAAAAGCCUCUUUCUCACUCAACAAAGUAGAUGUUGCUGUAAUAAAUAUCUAUCUGAU